GCUCACAGACACACACACGCGGGGCGCUCAUAAAGGAGGAUCCCAGCAGAGGAGCGGGGAGUGAACGACGGAGUGCGCACCAGACCGGCUCGUCCACUUGUCCGCUGUCUAUAUCAACCUCCUCAUUCCCGAGUUGCUUCAGCAGAAACGGACAUACCGGGGUUGGAGAGACCCCCCUGGCACCCCAGACAGCCUCAGACUGGUCGUCAUCGUCUGUUUUACUCCGGAGACUGCGGAUUUUAUCCUUGAUACUGAGAGUGCGCAGCGUUUACCCGAGAUUAACAAAGUGUAAGGACAGUAAAUCUGCUCUUUUUAGGUGUAAUAGCUGGGAAAUCAAAUCUGCAGUCCGUGUUUCGGGCCGGCUGUCUUCUGCGUCCCCUCUUCGGUUUGACUGCGCCGACCAGACUUGGAAAUAGCAACAGCCUGAACCGGCAUCAGUAAGGUAAGAGAUGCUAAUGUCUCGUUUAGAGCAAUUUGCAGACAAUUUACAGUGAUCAGUGCUGUGCCAACACAGUGAGGGUAACUGACAUCUUAUUUAGCCUCCAGGCCGAUCUGUUGCAAUUAAUGCCUUUGCAGACAUCAAUGAAAGAUGAGCAUCAAAGGUGCAAAUAAUGGAUUUGUAGAUGUGUUUCAUUUCAGGCAACUAAUCAGACCAAUAUUCAGAUUAUUCUGGUAUUUUAUGAAGAGUUAUUCUGGGUGUUCUUCUUAAAGUGCAACAACAUGGGUGGACCAUUUCACACUUUGUACUGUCCGCCUACAGCUCCCAAGACUCUCUCUCUCUCUCUCUUUCUCUCACGCACACACACUGACACACACACACACACAACUCAGCACUAGACAAUAUGGAUCCUACGAAUAUUAUAUAAAACUUCAACAGUAAAUCUCAUGUCCUCCUCCUCAUCCCUCUCUCUCUCUCUGGUCUCAUGACCCUCUUUUAAGGAUAGAAGAUGUCUUGUAGGCCUACCUGUGACACUGACAAGUUUAGACCCAUACAAACACCAGGAACUUUUAUAUUCUCAAGUGAACUUUAUCUGUAAUAGGUCUGCUCUUCGAAGCUCCAAACAGGUAGGAGUCUCAUGCAGAUGAUUAUGGGACAGCAGGACACUUGGACAUGUAAAGCAUCCCUCAGUUGAAGGCACCCUCAUGUAAAAAGGCAGAAAAACAAGAUAACUGCUGCAUCAAUUGGAGCUUGUGUCUUCUUGACAUCAGUGUCCAAAGUCAUUUUGUAUAUCUAAAGUUGUUUUGUAAAUUGUCUUAUGAAGGUGUGAUCAGUUUUAUACCUCUUCUGCAGUCAAUUUGCAUUGAGGCCAUUUUGCAUGAUAUCAGAUUUGUGUUCUUCAUUCGUCUCUGUGUUGGUUUUAAAUCCUUUUUCAUUUGUUUAAGCGCCUAUGUGAGAUGUUUUGUGGCUUUUUUGUGACUUUUGGGUUAGUGUGAGUCAUUUAUUGUGUCUUUAGAUCAAUCUGUGUUGUUUGAGAAACAUUUUGGGGUUUAUUUCCAUUUCAAGUGGCUUUGUAUUUACAUUUUUAAGUGUAAUAACUUUUACCCUUUUGUAGUUUAGCUUUCUAAUAUUGUGUAGAUUUUUUUUUUUUGUAUUUGCUUAUUUCUCUGCUCAAGAUUUUCCAAGAAAACAUAACACAAAGAAAAUGAUUAGUGAUACUAAAAAAAACUUUUUUUCCACCUUCCCUCCUAUGACAUCUCCUUUGGGUGUCAGUCUCCUUUUAACCCUGGUGGUGCUCAGACACAGUUUGGAUAAAACACACCACCAAAAGUGGAGGUCUCUGAUUGGGCGACUUACAAUGAGGGAACAGUUGGCCGGAUAUUCAACACUGACACUGGAAAAACAUCCAGUACAGUUCAGGCCAGUAUUGAUCCGAUCUGAUCGACUGGACAUCUCCAUGUAGACGCGGCUGUGCUGGUGUGAUAUCAGCUGGAAUGGUCCCAGUUGCUUCAGAGGUCAUUGUAGUGCAGGGCAGACCAGCUGGUUGUAAAAAGCUCAAACAUCAUCUGUUAGCAUCUGGCAUUUCUUAUCUUCAGCAGCAUCAUCUCCUUAGUUUUACAGCAGGGAGCCUCUUCUUUCUGUCUUAGCCUCCCCUCUCAGUUGGUCAGAGCAGCUCUGCCUGUUCCUUUCUAUUUUUAGUCUCUAUUUACAAUGCAGUAGCUACAGAGGCAAGAAGAGUCUCACUCUGUUUCCCUUCAUCUGUCUCUCUUUUCUCAUAUCUCUGCUUCUUUGCCGUUUUUCUUCUUUUACCGUUUCAAUCGCUCGGAUUUUAUUUACUCUCUCUUUCCCCCUUGGUUCUCUCCUUCCAGCUGCUCUCUCUCUCUCCGAGUUGUUCAGCAUAUUAACAUAUUAAGCCCUGGUUGCAGCCCACCUCAAACUGCCACCUGCUCUGCAAACACAUGUACACAUACAGUACAUUACGCUGUGUGAGGCUAGGAAGACAGCAGAGGAGACGGGGGUAGAGGUUAAUCUCUGGAUGCUUUUGACCCAAAUCACCAUACGACCUACAUACCCUCCCCUAAAACAACCACCCCACAGUCCCCACCCAUGCAUAUCUCUAAAAAGCAGCACUCACACCCAAAUACACAGCUGCCUUUUGAAUGCUGAGCAACGUGAGUGCACACCUAAAUUCCAGAGGCUUGGUGCGUUAUUAAUUACCUGUGACAAAACGCUCUGGAGCCACUAAUGAUGGCCUAAAUUUCCUUCAUGUGGAGAAGUAGGGAAAUAUUUAAGAAUCUUUUAAUAAAGCAAAUGUAAUUAACUUGGUCUUCAGCUAACGCCUCAUACCUGAGCGAUAUCUCAGCAAUUCCUUCAUGGCAAAGUGUCCCAGUUUAGACUUACAGCUGCAAAUCUGCUGCAACAACAUACCCUGAACCAUUGCUGCUCUGAGCUAACACUGCCAGAAAGGUGGUCUUAAAUUUCCAAUAGGUGAACUUUGACUUCCAUAAAUGAAAGAAAGACUGUCACAAUUUGUCUUCAGCUUUACAUAUCAUAUUCCUCAUUGGGACCCCUUGAGACUUAGCUGGAUCUCAGACUGGUGUCGUGUUGUUCCUUGUUGUUGGUUUGAUAACGGUCAGGUCUACUUUUGCAAGCUUGAUUCACGUCCUUAAAAAGAAUCAUAAUCACUUUGGCAAUUGAAGCUGCAUUUAAGAAUACGAAUAAUAGGAACUCUAUUGAUCCCCGAAGGGAAAUUCAAUUGUCUGUUGUCUCACUUGCCAUGUCUCUAAAAGUUAUCUACUAUUUACACAAGAGUUAUAAAGUCUAACGGCUGUUGGUACAAAAGAUCCUCUGAAUCUUUCUGUCCUGCAGCGAAGAGAGAGGAGCCGUCCACCACCAUUGGCCCUUUGGUCCAUCGAGGUGUUGUGAAGUGGGUGAUCCAUGUUCUUUCGAAUAGUCUCCACCUUCCUCAGUGUAGAUCUCUCCACCACAUCCUCCACUGAGUCCAGCUUGAGUCCAACCACAGAGCCAGCCUUGUUCACAAGUUUGUUCAGACGUCUUGCAUCUUUGUGUUUGAUGCUUCCUCCCCAGCAGACUGCAGCGUAGAACAGAACACUUGUCACCACAGACUGAUAAAACAUCUGCAGCGUCUUACUACAGAUGUCUGUUGAUCGGAGAUUUGGCAUUGCAGAUCUGCACUUGGCUCUUUUCAUCCAGAUGAGGCUUUAAACUCUGAAUUAAAACAGUCAUAUCUUACUGUUGGUUGUCACAAUUAAUAUUCCAACAUGGACUCUACAGCUGCUGACACGAUCAUGACCAGCUUAGCAACCGGUGUUUUGGUUUCAAGUCUGACCUUGUGAAAUGUGUCAGCGGUAGUUUUUGUGGUUACAACAGCUGAUAACACUCAGUUCUCAGGAUUGUUCCCAAAUUGAGGUUGUUAUGAUCUCGAAACAUACUCACCAGAUAUCUCUUCAAUGAAAAACUAAGGGAGGUUUCAACUACAAGCUGUUGAGCGUAUUGAUUGUGUCGCUGCUGGUAGUCCGUCCAUCUCCAGGAAUGGGUUUCUACGACCCAUUCAUUCCAACUCUUCCCAGUUGUUGUCUGUCCCCUUCUCCAGUUCAAGAAAAUCAUGACCUGGAUGAAUGAGAAUCUACAUGGACACGUCGCUGCUCGUUAAUAAAAGAGUUGUUUUCAAGUCCAAGUUAUGGGUGAAUUACAAGAUUAGGACUUGAAAUGUAGAGGUGAUUCAUGAGCGAUAGUUGGAAUCAAAGGUUAAUGUCGGCAAAAUCAAUGUUUGCAUCGAGUCCGUGCAUCCUGGCAGGAACUAAAGUGGAAGUUUGUCAUGCCACUUUGAGCUAAAGUAUGCAGUAAAGAUAAUGUCACCCCAACCUGAAUAUAACUGACUCUGAUGGUGAAAACUGUUCUACUUGAAUUCAUCGUGAACAAGAUCUUUACAUGAAUGAAAGGAACAAAAGUGGACCAGAGAGAAAUUACUCUGGAGGAAACGUUUUUUUUUCAUCCUCCAUGCAUAGUCACAGUAGGUUCUCCGAAAACCUGCUGUGAGUUUGAGAGUUUCUCCUGACGGCAGAUGGUAAAGUGCCUGUGGGAAAAAGACACCCAGUAAGUUCUAUCCCCCAAAAGUUGAGCACCUUUUGCGAAGCAGAUGUCUGUUUUCCUCAGCAGGCAUGGUUUAAAAGACGGUGGUCACAAUGAAUCUGUCGUUAUACUGAUGCUUUGUAAGCAAAUUAAAUGUUACCUCUGGUUUAAGUAGUUUCUCAUUAUGAAUAGUUUUACAAGCAACCGCUUUAAUGGGACAUAACCAACUCCUGGCCAGGCGACAAAGAGAGAAGAGAUUGUUAAUGUGUAGAUGAAAAGAUUAACCGUCUUAAAUAGGUGAGAACGGAUAGGGAGCACUUAGUGAGAAGGCAUCUGUGGAAGACAGCAGGAGACGGAUAAAAAACAGAUACCAGACAGCAAUGAAAUAAAGGAAGUGAGAGUGCUGCAGAGGGGCAACCUGCUGCAACUAAUCAUUUGAUUUAAACCUCAAAUAGCAGGGCACAGGUAUAGCUUCCCAUCACUGAGGUUUUUUAAAAUGGCUCUUCAUGUCGAGUCUGAAAGAGUUUGUUUAGCUGCCGGAUGAGAUGCAGCGAAUAAAGACACAUACAUGGAUGAGCAUUUAGUGAACAACAGGGAUAGUAAUUUGAGAAAGAGAGGGAGACAGAACAAUGGAAAUGAUAGAGAGAGAAGCAAAUACUAGACAUUGUCAGGUAGAUAGAGGAGUGAAAGCAAAACAGGAAGGGCGGCAUUGUUUGAAACAUCACAUUGAUUAAGCCUGCUAUUUUUAGUGGAGUAUUUUUAUCACAGUAGUUUAAUCACAGAUUGGAAAAAUCGUUCAUAGACGCGCUUUACUUUCGCAGGAAGAUGACUGAAAUGAAGACUGUGUGAAAUACUGCAUUGAUUUGGACUUGGAGUGAGGGAGCAGAAAGCCUGCAGGGCAAUGACAUCAUUCGAGGAUCUAAAUGCCAAAAAAAAAAGUGUUGCAGAUCCAUCUCUCAAAACGCGUUUUAAGUUUUAAAAGAUUUGGCCCUCGAGAAAGGAAAAAGCAAUCUUCUCAUUUCUAACUGGCGAGGUAUAGUUUUGCAGAAUUUAAUGACACAAAAGCACUUUAAUGAGGUCAUAUGGACACACUUGUUUUUGAAUAAGGGGAGAAAGACUUUGGCUCAAACUGAGAUUUUUGAAUAUAAAGUGUUUUCCCUUGUCUUGACCCAUUCACACCACUUUAACACACACACUGAUGGCUGAGACUUAAAGGUGAGGUAGGCAGGAUCUGAGGAAGUGCUAGUUUUUGGUAGAAAUCUUGAAUGUAAACUCUACCCCUUCCAACCAGUUUUCCCCUCAGCUCCUCCUCUCCCCUUUGUCUCUGCUCCAGCAAGCCCCGCCCACAAACAGACCCUCCUGCCCGAUGUGCUUUCUGGUUGGUUUCUACUCUCCGAUAUUGUAGCACGCUAACUUUGUUUGGGCUCCUGAACGACACGGGGGAGCAGCGUCUGCCUCACAGCCAAUCAGGUUAAGGGAGGCGGAGAAUGGGCUUUGUUUACAGUCAGAAAGAGCGCAGGGCUCUGAAAUUUUAAAAUGUCGACAACACAGACAUAACAAAACACAGCGAUAUCGUUAUAUUACCAAAUGUCAUCAAUGACUAAUAGCUAUUGACUGAUAUUAAAAGCUUUUUUGUAUAUAUGCCACAAAAAAGAUGCUUCUGUAAGAAUCCUGCCUACCCCACCUUUAAAUAUGAGACUUAACUGCCUUUUAAGAUUUGUCUGUGGUGCAUGAGGGGCUGCAUUAUCCACCUUAAACAGGUGGAGCUUUAGAUCCUGUUGAGUUUCGCCCAAUCAUUGGCUGUCAUCCAAGUUUUGUUGGUCAACUUGUUGUGCAUGCAGAUUUUUUGAUGUGACUGUGCACACACUGUCUCAAACAGUGCAGAGUGUGGGCGCGAUGCCUAAUAAGCCCAGCCGGUGAGUUGUGUUGUUGACCAGUCUUUGAGGUGAGCUUGUCUGAUAAUGUGGGAGUCUCUGUAUCCUGUGAUUAGAUAUGAAGCGAGUGCUGGAAGGGUAAAAAAGUAACCCCACUGAAACAUGAGUGAGGCAUCUCAGAUCAUCAGACUAUGUAGUUCAUCAGACUGUUUUUGGAGCAUUUCUGGCAAGUGUAUCUGCAAUUUCUAGUUUGAUUUUCUUCCCUUCAAAAAGCCUGUUGACCCUCAGACUUGCUGCAUUGUCUUUUUGAGAGGUAGUAUGAAAGAGCCUGAGGCGAAAAAUGUGGAAAGAAAGGGCAAGAAUUAGUCGAGGAAAAAUAAGGAAAGAAAAUUUAUACAGAGAAAAAGUGAGGAGAAGAGAGUGUAAGAAACUGAUAUACAGAUGGAGACAUCUGACAAAUAGAAAAGAUAGUGGGAAGGAUGGAAACAGGAGGGGGUGAAAACAAGGAAGGAGAUUGUGAUAGAGUUGGAAAGAAGAAAGCAUUCAAUCCUCCUGUUGUCUCUGGAGGAUGCCGCUGAAACCCGAUCUCAGCCAGGUACUGGCCAUCACUCUACUGCUCUCUCUCUCUGUCUGUCUGUCUAAUAUUGGUAAGACACACACUUUGUCAUGUAAUAUUGCACCUGGUUUUCCUCAAACUCACAAAGGGAGCCGCAUCAUGUACUCAAACCUCACAACCUCAUUGUAGGUAGAGUAAAUCACUGUCUGUCUGUCCCUUUUUAAAGCAACAAACACUUAUUUUUGUGUGUGUGUGUGUGUGUGUGUGUCUGGUCUUGAGCUAUGGCUAUAACUUUAUUUCUCAUGCUGUUGGAUGUUCAGAGAUAGGAUGGAUUUUAUUAGGAGGAAAAUAAACUUUCUACAUGUUUUAAUCCUAAGUGUAUCCUCUGAAUGUGUAUAUGACUUCGCUGUUUUAACCAUUUGACUUCUGAGACAGAGUUAAGGUCCUUACACACCGGGAACAGCGCAAAUAUACAACGCCAAAUUACGAAUAGCAUUCUGUUCUCCGACACGUAAACAAUCAGCUGGACGGCCAUGUCGGAUAUACCGGUGAAUCUGACGUUGCAACAACACAAAAUCUGAUUGGUCAGAAGUGGACACACAGUAUGCCAAACUUUAGAAAAUUCGACCGUGUUACGAAAAAAUAAAUGCAGCAAAACGUCACUAAUGUGAACGCUUGUAUUGACAGGAUAUGGGUUUGAAAAAAAAUAUUGAUAUCCGAAAUAAUUGCACAAAAAAAAAUGGUCCCGGUGUGCAAGGACCUUUAAAGUUAAUAGGGCUGGGACGAUAUGCUUUUCUCCUGAUUCGAUUCUUCUAUGAUUUUUUGGGUGCCGAUUCAAUUUAAGUUGCGAUUCUGUUAUUGUUAAUUUUCCCGAUUUUUAGUCUGAUUUUUUAACCCCAGUGAAACAGUUGAAUGAUUAUGAUUGUCUACUGACUAUUUCCCCAAAAAAUACACAUCACAUGUAGGUCAGUUUUCAAGAUUUAUUCUCAAAUUUGUAAAUAAAAAUCAAUUUUUGAACAAAAAAAAACCCAUUCAAAAAUUGCAAAACAAAAAAUUACGAUACUUAUACGAAUCAAUUUUUUUCUCCCACCCCUAAUAGUUAAACCCUCUUUUUUUCUUUAUUCCCUCCCUUUCCUUGACCAUUACAUACAUAAAAUUAAACUAACAUCUGAUGUAAUGUUUUGGUUUAUGUUCUUAAUUUACAUCUCGGCUAUCUUGUUAAAAAGGUGAUGAAUCCGGUGCUGCUAUUUCCUGCCUCACAAUGCCCCCACACUCACUAAACUGCCAUGAAGGACAAUUGCGUAAUAUCCAGUGUCAUUUAAUGCGCUUUAAAAAAUACUAUUGUUGUCUCUGAUUGAAGCAUCUCAGUGAGAUCAAUUUUUAGUGCAGGCGAGACAAGCACUCUGCUCUUCUGAAUCCUUGAGUGACUCACACAGGCACGCACACACACACAAGUGGACACACACCAGGGGAGAGUGUAGUGUUGAGUGGGUAUGGUGGACACAUGCAUGGGUGGGGAGUGAGAAUGAGAGAGAGGAGACAAAGAGAGGGUGAAACAGAGAGGAGGAAUAAAGGUGAUAUCGCUCAGUGUAGAUGGUCAAUAACUGGCAUUUUGCACCCUGUUGGCUGCAUUAUCUCAGGUUCAAAACUCAAGUCCCAUUGUUUAAAUCCUGUGAAAAGUUCUCACUCGUGUCAUGAAAUGAACUGAACAUAAAUGCAAAAGUAAUCCAAAUGGGUAUUUUUAUUCAAGGUGUAAAAGUUCUUCUGAAGUGAAAAAAGGACACAAAAGAAAGCAACUGAAAAUAUCCCGUGGUGUUGAGAGGGUCUCUCAGUUUUGGCAGCACUUGUUUGUACUCUGCGAAUUUAACGGCCUCUUUUCACCCUUACUGUAGGUGGAAUCACUAAGCUGCUGCAGGGCACAGUUGUACUAUAUUGAGUGUGUCUGCCCACUAUUUUGUACCGUUUUGGACUGUUUAAAAAUAACCCUGGCCUGCUCAUUGUGUGCAGGUAGAAAAGCCCUACACCAAGCUGCAGCCAUGGAUGAAAUGGACCUGCCCCAGAUGAAGAAGGAGGUGGAGAGCCUCAAGUACCAGCUGGCCUUCAAACGAGAAAAGUCCUCCAAAACAGUCACUGAGUGAGUAGUUAGUGUGCAAAAGUGCCUGCAACAGUAGCUCUGGGAACAAAAGUGCUUCUGUCCAAUAAAAUGAAGUUUUACUUUGCAACUAAAUUUGCUUAACACAGCAAACUGCCCCGCUCACAAGAGACCAAAAGCAUCUUGCUGUUUGGUCUUUGUAAGUCUGGACCUGCAGGUUUUGUUAAGUGUGGACUAUAGACUGUAUAUAGAAUGGACGUCGUCUGCCUCCUCACUGGGUGAAGCCACCCUGAGAACAGCACCCUCUGGUGACAGGCUGCAGUAUAGGUCAUAAAUCCCGCCUCCUGCAGCAAUCCCUAUGGGGCUGUGGACAAACUUUAGAAACUUAUUACACAGAACAUAAAUUUUUCUCCCCCCUGCUUGCGAUGUUGACGUAGUUACUGUAAGACUGGUUUGUGCUCAAGUCCUCUUUUUUCUGUACAGCUCUGUUUUCAAAAGUUAUUAGGGGGUUUAUGUUUUCUAUGAAUGGCACUUGAUACAGCCUAUGGGCGUACGAAGAUUGCUUAGCUCACCGGGGGAUAUGCUGUCAUCACAGCGACUCUCUGGGACUCUCUGAAUGCGUACAGCGAUACUUUGCAAGUGGUGAAGUGCGUACAAAGUUACUGCGCAAUUUUGGCUUCAGGAAAUGAAGAAAAAUUGCGGAAAUACCGAGAGCUUUUUGGCUUCAAAUCUGUAUACUGGCAGAAGGCAGAAUGAAGUUGUCCAUAGUAUAUACCGUCUAUGGUGUGGACUCAAAAAAAUGCCCUCAGUUUUUUUUAAAGGUCGUCAGGAGCAGCGCAAAUUUCAAUUCCUGCUCCAUGACUACUAAGCAAACUAUAGCUGCAAAAAUAUGCAGAGUGAUCCAAAUAUUUGGUGAUUUAUUCAAAUAUACGCCGAAAUAAUUGGCACUGCUUCAAGGAGGGAAAACACAACUGUUUCUGUACUCAGUCAAAUUGACCUGUACAGCUCAGUGAUUACAAUCAGGGAUGGGUUUUACUAACUAUCGUUAUCAUUAAAGCAGUAGUCACAAAUACAGCUUCAGCCGUUCUGUUCCUUCUCUCUUUAUCCGGCUCACGCUCUCUCUCUGCGGUGUCAGUGGAUGAAGAGCAAAUCAGACAAACGCAGAAGAAUCACUUGUGAAGCUUCAUCAGCCUGGUGGAUUUGAAGGACUGUUUUUGAGGGGUGCUGUUUUUGAUGUAGAGCUCUAACGCACUCAGAGCCGGUGUUUGGAAACCCUGUGUCAAACUUUCAUUGAAAUGGAAAGACAAUUAAGUAGGUAGGACAAACAGUGAUGAGAGAGUGAACACAGGUGAACUGCUGCUGUACGGAUUAUGAGCACAGUUUAAAGAGGAACUUCACACAUUUUUUCAAGUAUGAUUUAUGUUUUUUUUUUUUUAAAACCUCAAUUUUUUGGAGAUUUUGUUUGUGUCACUCCUACUUGUCAUGCACCACAAGUACUUUGCAAAGUUAGCAAACAUUGCAAAACAAAACAAGAUGCUGAGAAUCAGGCUUGGGAAAGAUACACAAGAAUAGUUUCUCCAAAUUUGCUUUAUUUUUAAUUCAACAUGUAUUCUAUUUAACUGACUAAUUAAUAUUUCCCUUUUUUUUGUAUGUGUUUCCUCGAAAAAGUAGUGAAAACAUUAUUCUCCCCCUCAGCUUCUACUAGAGGUGGGAGAAAAAAUCAAUACAGCAUAGAAUCACGAUAUUUUGUCUGGUGAUAUAUCGUAUCGUCUCAUUUACCAAGUGUCGAAUUUUCAAAUAAAUUGUUAAUAUGAAGUCAAAUCUGUGAUAAUGGAAAAAUAAAAUCAACUGUUUGUCUAGUGAGGUUGGCAGAGGUGACAUCAUAGAGCAGGACAAAGUUCGUACAACAUGUAUAGGUAAGGUGUGCAAGAUGUGCUUCAUGAAAGUAAAAUACUGUGUAAAUAAGACAAACAUAAAGGAAAGACAAAUGCUAAAUUAGCAAAACAGUUGAAAAAAUGUAGAAAUUACGAUAUAUUGUAUUUCAAUACUCACUGUAUUGCAAAAUGUUAAAAAUCGCAAUAACAUCGUAUCGUCGCCCAAGUAUCGUGAUAAUAUCGUAUCGUGGGGCCACUAGUGAUUCCCACCUCUAACUUCCACCAUGGAACAAUGGUACGACAAACAUAAGUAAGCUAACAAAUGACCUUACACCUCAAAAAAGAGUUUAUUGAUCUUAAUGUUGCAAUGAGAAGUUUUAUUUCAUACCUGUGCUCAUAUUACUUAAAUGAGACUAAAAGAAAACAGCUGUAAAACUAUGAUUUCAUUAAUAAGAAGUAGUGCUAUUGUACAGAAUAACAGCAUUGGGUAACACUUUACAACAACCAUAAUUUAUAAAUGCUAAAUAUAUUGUUUAUUAAUGUUUAAUCAUCAUUUAAAAACAGCAUAUAGAUCAAUUAUAAAUGGCAAAUAGAUAGUUUAUUAAUGCAAGUUAAUAGUUACUUUACCAUUAACAAGCUAUAAAAUUAUGAUAAAUAAUUUUCAUUAAUUAUUAAUGGACUAUUUAUUAAAGGUUUAUAUAGGGUUUAAAUAUUGGUUGUAAAACAUCUAGAUUAAAAUGUGUCAGUAGCACUUUGUAAAUGGUUAAUAUUUGGUUUUUAAACCAUCUAUAAACAUUACUUAGAUGGUUAUUGUAAAGUUGCAACUGAUGUUUGUCAUACUUUGUAUGUCUCAUACUUUGUAAAUGAUUAAUAAAUGGUUUAUAACCCCCCUAUAAACAUUACUUAGAUGGUUAUUGUAAAGUUAAGAUUAGGGUCACGGUUAGGGUUAGGUUUUUAAAAUUGUAAAAUUUACAAUUUAUUAAUGGUCUAUAUGCUAUUUAUAAAUGAUGAUUAAACAUUAAUAAACUAUCUGGUUUCUAUUUAUAAAUGGUCUGUUUACCAUUUAUAAGUUAAGGUUAUUGUGACGUGUGACCCAGCAUUGUUGCAGCAGAAGGCUGCUGUGCUCGUCCCCAGAACAACAGCACUCUCUUUUCUGUCUUAAUCCAUCUGUGAAUGAAGUAUUAAUUCCAGCAGAGCUGCAGUCACAGAGGCCAAAGCGCUUUGGUGAAUUAUGGCUCGUGGUUGCUCGGAUUCUCUUUCUUGCCUUUUAUGGAAGAAAGGAUAGAGGAUAGAUUGUGGGUAAAACACAUUCUCUGGAAUUUGAACAAUGUCUCUGACCCUCUGUGUCUCUCCAUAAAGCUUGGUGAAGUGGAUAGAGGACGGCGUCCCAGAGGAUCCCUUCCUGAACCCGGAGUUGAUGAAGAACAACCCAUGGGUAGAGAAGGGAAAAUGCAUCCUCCUCUAGAAAGAAACCAACGGCCCUGCCAAGACCCUUCAUCUUUGACCGCCCUGACCGACGCAUACCUACAGCCCCCGCUCCCCCCCAAACCCCCACGGCCGGACAGCGCCUGUUAACUUCUCACACUGAAUGUACAAUAAAUGAAAACCCCCAAAUUUCCCGAACACACAUCCCAACAAGGGCACUAAAACAAAGAAUCACACUCACACACUUUGAUUCAAAACUUUUGGGAUUUUACCCGACUGCCACACAUUCACUGCAAGUUUAUUCCUGCCACAGCAAUGCGUCAUUACUAUGAUAUAUGACAAUGAUGAUCAAUACUCUUAUUACCUUUCUCUAUAUGGAUAUGUGAUAACUUAUUUAUGCAGCUGCUAGCCAUACGCUUUCUUUCCUCUUUUUCAAUCUCUUAUCUUGACUGUAAAGCUUUCAAUUCUUUCUUUUUCCACUUUUGAUGAGUUAUGGUAAACUGUUGAGUCACAUGCACGCUGACUGUAGGUCUGCUAGGACACCCAAACCACCAUCAUAAGGGCAGAAGUAGUUAGUGUGUUUUCUGAAUACAUAAACUCUUGUACGAUGGAAAAAAUCCUGAUGAUUUGAAAGUGUUGGUAUGAUUGAAACUAAUCAGCUGCUACACAAUCUUGCCUGAUACUGUCGGAAAACUUUUAUAAGUUCUCCUGGAUGUUCCUGACUUAAACAUUCGCACUGUUUGCAGGUGGAAAAAUCUGUUUGCAAACUCCCUGCGGUGACUCCUACAGUUUACAGACUUGCAUUUGAUUUCACACGACUCGUAUAGCAUGGUAGUUACAUUUACAUUCUUAAGAUGAGAUCUGCAACCAGUGUUGUUUUGCUUUAGUGUCUUCUGGUCAGAAAGUGUCAUAGCGGCUCUGUUUGUGUUGUCAGAGCAGAGUAGAGCAAUGGGUCUCCUGGGGGGAAUGGUUUUUUUGCUCCCUUAGCUACAGCCCCUGAGGAUGACACACAAACACACAACCAAACCCCCACACAACAGUCCAUAACAGGCGCAUCAUCGCUCUCCACAUAUGUACAGACAGACCCCUUUAACUUAUUAACUUCUUGGUCGGUACUUACAGUAGUUCGUUUAUUUAUUUAUUUAAUAUUUAUUUAUUUAUUGAUAGAACCUUUCCUCCACCUUAGCUUUUGUUUAGCAUGUCCGCAACCCUCUUUCUCAUACCUUACAUUAAAAAAAAGGAAAACAGAAAAAUGACCAAAAAUCGAUAACACCUCGCCAGAACAUCAUCUACUACUGCCUUCUACACAGUUUCCUUAAACAGAGAAUGUAAAUAUGUGGCAUGAUCACAGAUGACCUCAGAAACAGCCUGCGUGUGUGUGCAUGUAAUCAUCUGUUCAUGUGUGCGUAGGGUGUUUUUUUUAUUUUUGAAUGGUAGGCUCUCUUGCAGAUUGCGAAGCACACACAUGCAGCUAUGUAACACACACAGGCAGGAUUGAGGCUGCGCAAAAUCAACCGAACGCACACAUACGCACACUGCUUAGUGGGAAUGUGUAUGAGGGGAGGAGUGGCUAGGAUGUGGGAUUCUCUAAAUGACUUGGGACAGGGGAGCCUCACAUCAUCUCAGUACUGUAAUGAGUCUCAUUUUAUACAUUUUCCUCAAGAUGACCCAUUUCCCUAAAGGCUACUCAGCGCUUGAAUGAUGUAAGUCUUUUAAUAUGUAACUCGACUAUAAUUAUUUCAUGAUUUACUAAUAAAUUUUUGUUUCUAUCAAACGUGCUUGAACAUCUAUCUUAACACUGCGUUCCUUAAAACAUCCAUCCGAUCACACUGACAUGGUUGGGAUUCAUGAAAUCACUGCAAAUGUAAAAUGGUAUUUCUGCACCUGAUGUGUGGCCGAAAAACUUAGGAUGUCAAGCAUAUAUGCAACAUAAUGACUCCAAAGAGAGUCCCUCUUAAAGUCCCAUGGUUCAUUGUGAGACAUAAUGUCCACUAUCUUGGACAUUAUGUUGAACUCUAUGUUAUAAGUCCAGGUAUUGGAAAGUGAGAUUAACUGUUUAAAAGCAUUAAUGUCAUUACACGGGGGACUUUUAAAAUGGCUUCAAUGGUACAAAGAACUGUUUUCUGAGUCUCAGGUAUGUUGCUUUUCCAGUUUAUUUCCUCUUCCAACAUGAUUUUACAAUUCAAGUGUUUCAGACUUUUUUUUUUUUUUUUGCUUGUGGUAAACUGAUGGAAAAACAACAAAUGCUGCCAGCUGCAGUCUCACGGGCCACAGUGAGAGGAAACUGUACAUGAGAGGAUUCCUGAGUCUGCCUGUCCCUUGUCUGUUUUCUGUUCUGCAACUUUACUCACUUGUUUGUUUUGUUUACUAUAAUCUGAACGUACGUACGUAUGUGUGUUAAUAACUAUAAUGACAGCUUAAAAUCUUGUCUAAAUAUCUAGCAACAUAUUCCUCGUGAGAGUGCUUUGGAAAAAUUAUUAUGCAUCAGAUCAAGUCUUAGUGUAAAGAAGACAAUGAGCAAUAAAUGAAACAUCAUUUUUUAUUGAAUGUUUUACAAAAACAUGUAUCUUAUUGAAUAAAGUAGAAGAUUUUUAGACAA